AACACAUACAGAGGCUUAAUAAAUCUUGUCAACUAGUUCUAUACAUCUCUGCGUUGUAUCCUUUCUACUGUCAGUCAAAUCACAUCACAAUUGAUAAAUGUUGAAUAUGAGAUACGUGGAUAAAUCAGAGGAAAAAUACAUCGCGAUGAUUAAUCGAAUCCGCGAUACUAUCCGUAAAUUAGAAGAAACUAUGAAGUAUUCACGGGAUUUGGAAGCUGUUCGAUUUCUGCGAUAUUCUAUGUUGAAAUCUCGCGAUAAAAUUCUGAUGGACGACCUGAGGAAGAUUAAAAUACGAAAUAAACAGAUGUUAAAUUUAUUUCGACAAAGUGUCACGGACGUUCAACUCGGUUCUCUCGACAUACUGCCGGAAACUCUGAGGAGACAAGUGCAGAAAACAUGGCACCAGAAAUAUGACGCUUUGUUAUCUCAAAACGAACAAUUAAAGAGACAAAUUAUCGCUUUAGAUUGCGCGAUGAAACAGAAACAGAAAGAGAUCGAUAUUUUGCAACAAAGAUUAUUCAUCGCAGGGAGUGUAAAUUCUGGAAACACUGAAAAGAUUUGCAGAAAGUGCUGGAUUCUGACGAACAAAACUUAAAAAUUAUAUAUAAGACGCAUAGAUAUUUAAAAU